GAAAAAAAAAAAAAAAAAAACAGAAAGCCCUAGAUCGAUCGAAAGAAGAUGGCGGAUAUUCUGCGGUGGAUGUUGGAAAGCGGAAAGCUAACGGACGAACAAUGCCUCUCUAUGUUGAGGGGAUUAGAUUUCGAUAAAGAAGCCAAAGUAACAAAUGAGGAAGAAGAAGAAGUCGACAACCGGAAACCUCUGCUGCAGUUGUUGGACAUGCGGAAGCUACCUAAUGAAGAAAAGAAACGUAUUUUUUGCCAAUAUGAAGAACUAGGGGUUGAAGAAGAAGACAUGGAUUACAUUAGGCAAAUCGCAAAUACUCAGGGUUUCGAUUUCAAUCCUGACGUUCGUAUCCCACGUCUUAAAGGAUACUCACCAUUUUAUUUUGGCGGAAACGAAGAACAACCACCUACGGAAAUGGUUCUCUACGGCCGUUUGGGAAUUCAUUGGUUCAACUUUGAGCAGAAAAGGAAGUUGGAGUUCAUACGCAUACCAAAAUUGAAUACCGAACAUCCCUUUUCUGUUUCUUACUUUAUUACUGUCGAGGUUAAAGAUGUUGAUGCUGCUGCUGCUGAUUCUCUCACUUUGCAAACUCUGGUCAGGAGACCUUCCUUUCCCGAGUUGAAACUCUUGAUGGAACGCUGCAGAAUCAAACCAGCGGAAAUAUUAGACCACUCGUUUAAGUGCUUCUGUCUUGGUUUGAGACCUAAGUUUUACCGAGGAUGUAUGCCUACCUUUUUGUCGGAACCACCAGAAGAAGCUGAUAAUGAUGAUGAUGGUCUGAGAUUUUACGAGGUUCAGGCCAAGGACAUUGAUAACAAUGAUUGGCUUCUUCUGUAUACCGAGUUUGCACUUUUCCAAGUUUGCAAGGCUGGAUCUCAUUCUUUCGAUGGAGAUGAAGAAGAUACUUGUGGAAACCCUAGAAACUCAUACUGAGCCGUCUCUGAAGCUCGAAUCUUUGAAUGCUAUCUUCCACAUAAGCUUCAGGGCCAACAGUUGCGACUACACAUUGGUAGUAAGGAGGACUACACAGUGCCGUGCUAAGGUAUAUGG